GGCGGGCCCGCGGCGUCGGGCGGUGCGGAUGUCGGGCUGGGCGGACGAACGCGGCGGCGAGGGCGACGGGCGCAUCUACGUGGGGAACCUUCCGACAGACGUGCGCGAGAAGGACCUGGAGGACCUGUUCUACAAGUACGGCCGUAUCCGCGAGAUCGAGCUCAAGAAUCGGCACGGCCUCGUGCCCUUCGCCUUCGUGCGCUUUGAGGACCCCCGAGAUGCUGAAGAUGCCAUUUAUGGAAGGAACGGUUAUGAUUAUGGCCAGUGUCGCCUUCGUGUGGAGUUCCCCAGGACUUAUGGAGGUCGGGGUGGGUGGCCCCGUGGUGGGAGGAAUGGGCCUCCUACAAGAAGAUCUGAUUUCCGAGUUCUUGUUUCAGGACUUCCUCCAUCAGGCAGCUGGCAGGACCUGAAAGAUCACAUGCGAGAAGCUGGGGACGUCUGUUACGCGGAUGUACAGAAAGAUGGAAUGGGGAUGGUUGAAUAUCUCAGAAAAGAAGACAUGGAAUAUGCCCUGCGUAAACUGGAUGACACCAAAUUCCGCUCUCAUGAGGGUGAAACUUCCUACAUCCGAGUUUAUCCAGAGAGAAGCACCAGCUAUGGCUACUCACGGUCUCGGUCUGGGUCAAGGGGCCGUGAUUCUCCAUACCAAAGCAGGGGUUCCCCACACUACUUCUCUCCUUUCAGACCCUACUGAGACAGGUGAUGGG